AUGGCUGCUAUCAAGAAGGAGGCGCCCGUCGCCAGCCCGACCGGCCUGUCCCUCUACUCCAAGUUCGCCCUCUCCGGUGCCGUCUGCUGUUCAGUCACCCACGGCAUGGUCACACCUCUUGAUGUCUCCCCCAUCUCCCGUGAACCUGGCAUGAACCCGGACGCUGACAGGACACCCUGGCCCAUCUUCAACAGCGUCAAGACCCGUAUCCAGCUCGACCCCCAAACCUACAACCGCGGCAUGAUUGGUGGCUUCAGGCAGGUUAUCCAAAAUGAGGGUGCCGGUGCGCUCCUGACUGGUCUCGGUCCCACCGUCGCCGGUUACUUCCUCCAGGGCGCCUUCAAGUUCGGCGGUUACGAGUUCUUCAAGGCCCAGAGCAUCAACACCCUGGGUCUCGAGACCGCCAGCAAGUACCGCACCAGCGUCUACCUGGCCUCUGCCGCCGCCGCCGAGUUCUUCGCCGACAUCGCCCUCUGCCCGCUCGAGGCCACCCGUAUCCGUCUCGUGUCGGACCCUUCGUACGCCAACGGCCUGAUCGGUGGCUUCACCAAGAUGCUCCGCACUGAGGGUAUCGGUGCUUUCUACGCCGGUUUCGGUCCCAUCCUGUUCAAGCAGGUCCCCUACACCAUGACCAAGUUCGUCGUCUACGAGAAGGUCGCCGAGGCCAUCUUCCGCAUGUACCCCAAGGAGACCCUCUCCGACGGUGCCCAGACCGUUGUCAACUUGGGCUCUGGUCUCAUGGCCGGUUUCGCCGCCGCCAUCGUUUCGCAGCCCGCCGACACCAUGCUGAGCAAGAUCAACAAGACCAAGGGUCUGCCCGGUGAGGGCACCACCUCCCGCCUGAUCAAGAUCGCCAAGGAGCUUGGUGUCCGCGGCUCUUUCGGCGGUAUCGGUGCUCGUCUCUUCAUGGUCGGUACCCUGACCGCCGGUCAGUUCGCCAUCUACGGUGACCUGAAGAAGGCUCUUGGCGCCACUGGCGGUGUUGAGAUUGCCAAAUAA